UUAGGAUUCGGAUAAAUCAACAAGCGCUCCGUUCUGUUUUUGGUUUUUUUCCCUCUCCUCGUCCUGAGGGCCUCUCGGCCGGCUCCUCUCUUUUCUGCUCUCAAUCGCUCUCCGAUGGCGUCGAGCUCGAAUUCCGGUGGUGAAGCGGCCAACGAGCCCGCCUCCCUCGACGAGCUCUACAACAUUAACCUCGUCCCUUCUGAGCUCUACCUCAAGUUCCGCAAGGAGAUCCAGGGUUUUCGCGUCGGCCUCAAUCUAGAGUUCUUUAAUUUUCAGGGCAACGAAUACCAAGCAAAGAUGGUUCUAAAGCCACUGACUGCUGCUCGAAAGUGGAAGUUUCUAUACGAGCCCCUCCAUGGGGAUAUACGGUUGCUAUCCACGAAGAUCCCUAUUACCAAAUAUUUGAAUCUCCAGGUUGGCAUAGGCCACAAUUUCCAUUUAAAUGCAACUGGAUGGAAAUGGAAGCUUUCUACGUGCUUGGGUGGAGAUGGUGUUUCCCAGAUUAGAAACAAAACAACUGUUGGUUUGUUCCCAGGGUUUGAUCUGAGGGUUGGUUGGAAAGCUGAAUACAUCCUUCCUGAGAUUCAAGGGGCUGUGGGCACUGGAGAACCUAUUUUCAAUAUGAACUAUGGACGCUUGCAAGCAUCGAUAGAUAGGGUGGAGGCUAUUUUAACUCAUGCAACCUGAUUCUGGAUGAUGUGAUGCGACCAAGUCUUUCUGCUAGAUAUAUGAAAGAAAACCACUAGAUGGGAGUUGCAGCUUUCAAAACAGUCUACCUUGAUCAAGAUUGGUUGAUUUUUCAGAUAUGAGAGGCAGUGACAAUUGCUGAUUGAAGAAUGCAAUCGAAAGCAUACCAAACAAGGUCUCCAUACAAAUAGUCGCGAUGUUGCAUCAUGAUCGAGUUGUCAAGUUAAAUUAUGAUUAUGAUCUUCGGUUAGUGUACAGUAUCCAGUAUUUGCAUGUAAAGAAUUUUUUAAAAGAAGGUUUUAGCUUAAUUGUUUCUAAUAGUUUUUGAAAAUCAA